AAUGGUACUAGGUUUGCUAUGAUUUGGCUAGCCUACAUUAUUGAUUAUUAGUGGAAAGAGUACUAUUAAAUGGUAAUGUUCAAUGUUUGACCUCUUGUAGCAGUGUUUAUUUGCUUUUCCAUGCUUCAAACUUUUGGACUAAGAGCUCUAUAAACAUUAUUUUGGUAAACUUACUUGAAGGAUUUUAAGUUGGGUGAUGAUACAAUGUGUAACACAAAUGCCAAGGAAAAUGAUAUUUUGAUCCAAUUAAUCUAUAACUUCUGAUAUUGGGCAGGGGUACGAGAUUAUAUAAUAUUUCUUUUUUUUCUAGCUACCAUGUGCUGGUAUCAGGGUGUAAGUUGUAACCUCUAACCUAUUGAAUUCUGCUGGUGCAUAGACUAGUUCUUUUGUUGAUUUUAUAAAUUAUAAAUCCAUCGUAUGCCAUUUCUUCUGCUCGAGUCACCUUUGCUAAUAUUCCAAUAGAUAUGCUUGCUCAUGAUUCAUGUUUGAGAAACAGAGCUCAUAUCUCUUGUCACUUGAAGUUCUGAAUGAAUUCUUGUGAAAAUUGUCCUUUUUUUGAGAAAUCUGUGCCAUAACAUUUGGGAGCGGAAACAUUAUUGUGACAGUAUCACAUUUUUGUCUUUUGAAGUUAUGAAGUAUCCAGUUAUGAGUACUAGUUGUCCUUUUGACUUUCAGAUUGAGCUUUGGACAUCUGUUUUGAUUAGAUUUAAGAUCUCCGUAAGCAAAUUUAGCGAUAUUUCAGUGUUAGGUCAGUGCACAAUGUGAAACUAGCAUUCAUAUUUUCAUUUUGGAACCAACAGUAUUGCCUAGCAAGGUUUUUUAUUGACACUUCUUUGAUUUGCUACUAUACUUUGUGCUAAAUCCACUGUUCUGACUGGAGCAGGUCUUGUUCCUGGAUUAUUUACAUAACAAAUGAUCCAGCUAACAUGCUGCGGCCACUGUAUCAUGUUUAGAAAGUAGAGCUCCAAUUGCAGGUGAAUUCCAACUGUCAGUGCAAUAGGGUCUAUUGGGAGCAGUCUCCUUUUGGGUAUUUUAGGUCAAUAUGAUCCAAGAUCUUGAUUAGUGGUUUGUGAAUAUAUUCCAAGAUCUGGUAACCUGAUAUCAUGUCUUUUUGGUCCAACAGGUAGAUUUCGCCUCACAUGAAUCAAUCGGACCUAUUGUCAGUUUGUCACUAGGUGUUUGUACAUGUUGUCUUUGUAGCAUAAUUAGUACUGAUGACCAAUUAGCAGCAGCUAACUCCAUUCAUGCUUUACAAUGAUUGAUGAAAUAAAGCAUCUGCACUUUAUCAUCUGGACGACUUGUUGGCUGGUGCUCGCGGCGCUGGGAAUACCUGUCGUAUGUGCGCCGCUGAUCUGAAUAAUGUUGUGUGAUUUUAAUCAAGUUGGAUACUUGAUUUGAAUAUAUUGCAGAUAUCGUACCUACUUGCUCUGUUUGUUUGUUUGUUUUUUGGUUAUAUUUCUAGGCAAUGCAUUGUAAGUUGAAGGCCACCAUCACAGUAUCAGCUAAGGGUGUGCAUUUGAUCUUUACCUUGUAGAGGUCAUCAAACUCUAAUCGUACCUGAAACUUUGUGUAUUUUAGUCUUUACCUGCCAUGGUGAAAGAUUUGUUGACUCAGUUUGAUAGGUCGUUUUACUAUAUUACUGUCAUUGUGAUCGUGCUCGGUAUGUAGAUUUAUUUAUGCGGGAUGCAUAUGCUGCCCAACAUCAUUAGGCCACUAACUUACUGGUAUUGUCCCACACUAAUUAAGUAUUCUGACUCUACAAAAAACGACUUCAACUAAGGCACCCUAUGCUAGCAUGCUACACCUUGUUUUUAUCUCACUAGUCACUAAGAUAAUUUUAGGCAAAAGAUCAAGUAGAUAACCCCCUAUGCUAGCAUGCUACACCCUGUUUUGAUCUCACUAGUUACUAAGAUAAUUUUAGGCAAAAGAUCAAGUAGAUAACCAAUAAUUUACUUUGGUAUCCUUGGCUACUUCAGGUUGUUGCCUUGUUGGAUUGAGAUGCCAUCAAGGCAUAUGGUACGGAUAAUUAGCACUGACAGUAAUUACAUACUCAAUUCAAUCAGCAACACAGAUCUGAGUGUGAGGAACAACACCAACCAGGCAACCACGUUCUGGUCAAAGCCAGGCAAGAAUUCCUUGAUGCCUCCAAGCUCAGGAUAAAACAAUGACGCUUCCGCUUGCAAUGGCUAGCGUCGUGCAGUACCAGGCGGCGGCGGCGGCGACGGCGAUGGCGUGCGAGGAGGAGUUCAUUCCGCAGGGGCUGAUCUCCUGCUUCGGGCGGUCGCUGUCGAGGGCGUCGUCGGGGCGACACCUGGAGUACUGCAGCAGGGACGUGAGCGGCGGCGGCGAGGAUAGCCGGCGCAUGGCGCAGGAGCGAUCGGCGAGGGCGAAGCUGCGGUGGAAGGCCGUGGCGCAGGAGAUCAUGGCGAGGAGGAGCGGCGGCGGCGGCGGCGGAUCAGGGCGGCGGAGGAAGACGGCGUUCAGCUACGACUCCAAGAGCUACGCGCUCAACUUCGACGACCAGGCCGCCGGCGCCGAGUAAGAGCUCCAGCCUCCAGCUGCUACGUCGCCGGUGAGCUAGAGCUAGCUGCAGAGACGGGACAGACGAGCGCGUGCAAUAUCGCGCUCGCGCGCGACGGCCGGCCGGCCGGCGAGGGGACGGAGUGCUCGCCGGUAGCUCCUCCGGUGACCUACCCGGUGGUGUGCAUUGCAUGCAUGGAUGGCGGGAUCCAUGUGAAGACAGAGAGAGAUCAAGCUUGAAGAAUGAAGAGCCUGAAGGGCGGUGGUUCUUGUUCGAGUUUUGUUUCUUUGGCUGUUUUUUUUUUCAUUUUUGAGAUUGUAAACGUAUGCAUCCUGACAUCUUGAAUUGUUGAUGUGGUGCAGUAAGUAAUAAAAAACUGAGGCAUUUAUUCAGAAAGUA